AUGCCAGCAGAAGUGGAUUCUGGUUCAUUCGUCAAUGUGAACUCAAAGGCAGAAACUGAGCCAUUUGACGGAUCAGGAAGACCGCCAGUUUUUGUUCAGAGAGUACGCAUUCAGAGAUGGCAGAGCUACGCUCCCAUCCAGGAAACGGUAUUUCGAAGCCAUGAAACGGGACUCUUGGUGGCCAGUUCAGAGUAUUCUACGGGUCCCCAUGAGUGGUACCACGCCGGCCAAUAUUAUCAUGAGGAUACGAGUAUUUCAUUAGAAAUGUUACCAAAGGCGCCCCACGAAUUCCAUCGUAAAGCUCAGAAGGGGAGAUUGACAAGGACUAAGGAAUGGCUAACAAACCAUCGAAAUUCAUCUCGCCUAUCGUUCACCUCGCCGAUCUCGUCUCGGUCAUCAAGGACAUCGCCCUCGUCCCCCUUCCCAAGCCCUCCCGGCUCUCCGUUACCAUGUCGUGAUUCUCAUUGUUCCGAGUUGCCUGAUUCCACACGUUGCGAACUUGCCGACACCAGCAUCGUUAUAGAAAACCCAACAUCAUUGUGUCAAGCCAGCCUUUCUGCGGGCUCCGUCCCCCCCCCAGUACUCAGAUUCCGGGGAGAGUCGUUGCCGUUGGUGGUAAAUUGUUGUACGUGGGAGAUCAAUGCGAUGCGUGACACCGAAACCCUACUUUCCUAUGACCCUCCGAAUGAUGAUUCCACGGAAACUCAACUUCGCGAGAAGGGCCGAAUAUAUGACUCGGUAUAUCUAGAAAAGAGUAACCAUGAGGAUCCUCAGAGGAUCUCAAACCAUGCCAACGGACAAAACGGAGGGUCAUAUUAUGGGAGCGGUGUAAAAAAUAAUUCGUCUUACCCUUCAUCGACUUCUAUCUUUGGGAAUGGAGAAGAUAGGCAUGGGAGGGGAGGAUACGGUAACUGCGAUGACAGCGACAAUAACUCCCAGGACGAAGACGAUGACGGCGACAACAACCGUAAAAGGAAACGAUUCCGGCAUCUAAACCCUAGAUCCGGUCAACGACAAUUCGCAUGUGUCUAUCAUAAGUAUGACCCAGAGACGUAUCAUGGAGACCAUGAUCGAAAAUAUUUGACGUGUUCCGGGACCAGCUUCAAAUACUUUUCACUGCUCACGAGACAUCUUUCUCGGACUCAUGAUGAGCACGUUUGCAGCAGUUGUUUAGAACCUUUGAGAGUGAAAACCUCCAAGCCAGUCACACUGCAAAUUGUUUUGUCAAGCUUCAGUGCUCUCAGGAAGAUAAAUGGGCCGCUUUGUGGCGAAAGAGGUUCCCAGGGGUGGUUAUGCCGGCAUCUCCAUGAUUGGGGGAUGCUUCAGGAUCAGCAAAUACAUGCGACCCGUCCCCAUCCAAUUGGGGAUCUUCGAAACUCCAACCUCACUGUUGGUGCUGAUUCUCAACCGAACCCCAACAUAACAUCGCUAAUGGCAGCGAUUGCAAUGCUACAAUCGACUGUUGAAAGACAGCAGAUUCAGCUGGAAGGUCUUGCAAAGCAAGUAUCAUUUCUGACACAAUUACAACUCGGGUGCUUCACCGCCGAAGAUGCCUCCAAUAAACCCCCAGUUUAUCCACUGGUAUCGCCCGCCUGCUCCUCCAGUAAUUCACCGAAUGGCAAUAUCUCUGAGGAUUUAUUCGUCUAUAGCAAUUUCGAGCACCCAGGCGAAACUGCUAUUCCUGGUAUCAGCUUAGGCCAGCCUACUCCCUCCAGUACUCCAACCGAAGAAGCAACUGGGUACAAUAGUAUUGCAUCCUACGAUGGCGGCUUAUUCAUUCAUCCAACAUGA